AUGAAAAAAAAGAAUUUACAACAAUACUCGAUCAAACAUUUCCGAAAAGAACAUAAUCAUUUGAGAGUUGAGGAAAUAUCCACUCCAUUCUUGUUACAGGAAUAUGAGAAAAUUUCACAACAUUUUGCAGAGGAUGAUCGAGAAUGUUUAACACUCAUGGGACGAUUGAAUUAUUUGGCUCAUCAAAUUCCAUUACAAUGCGAAAAUUUAUUUCAAUUUUAUGGAAAAUGUUUUGAGAGAAUGAAUCUUCAUAACCAUGCUUUUCGAUGUUACAUGAUUCAAUCACAUUUAUUUCCGAAAAGUGUGAAUGCCAUUCAAUCAUUACAACAUUGUUUGAUUGAAGGAACGAUUCAGUCGAUGGAAAAUCCACGACGGAUGAUGAAUAAUCAUGGUAGUAAAACGACUCUUCGGCAUCAAGAUUCUUCAAGUGCCAAUGCAUCCUCUUCUGUGGGUACUAUGAGAAAAAUUAACUUGGAAGAAAACAAAGCCAUCAAAGAAUUGCAAUUAAGACAAUUGAUGAUUCAGCCUUUAGAUUUUGAAUUGAGAUUGUUUUUUGUGAAGAAACUCAUUGAUUCCUAUUUAUUGAAUCGCAACCAUCAAAAGAGAAACAAAAUGGCGCAUGAAAUUUAUUUAUUUGUUCUCGAUUACUUUGAUAAAAAGUACAUUUCAAAGAUUAUUGAAUUGAAAGUGAAUCAUUCAGUGCUGAGCAUGGAACAAGUACAAGAAUUUAAAAUAAUGAUCGAGUUGUUUCAACAAAACAAAUUGGAGAAAUAUGCCAUUGAAUUGAAUCGACUCGUUCUCAAACUUUGUCCAACCUCAGAUCCACAACUUUAUCUCAGCCUCUUUGAUUUAUAUAUCAAGACAGGGAAAGAGUAUUUGAAAGCUUUUAAAAUGUAUAGUCAUUACAUGUAUCUCACUGGAAAUAAUUCGAUUGAAAAUUAUGCAAUUUGUGGAGAAUGCUUAGAAAAGGCAGAACACUAUCAUUUGGCGUUGUUAGCAUUUUGGCAAUGUCAUUCACAACAACAGCAAGAGUUAAUGUCCUAUCAUCAGGCACAACAGCAGCAACAUCGAGAACAGCAACAACAAACAAAUGAAGAGAGCUCGAUCGUUGAGGAGAUAAAAAUCGCCGAGUUCACUAACGGUACCAACAGCCAAAUAGCUCAAUAUGAUCAUCAGUCUCUGAAAUAUUUGAGGCACAUCCUUAUGGAAAUUAUUCCGAAACUCAAUGACAGUUCCAUUGUUCUCACAAAGGAACAGCAAGAUCUCGUCUUGCACAUCCAACAACAUGCAAAUAAGAUUGAUUUUAAUGGCAGUCGAUUAUUUAGUAAUAAAUAA